UCCGAUCUGCUUGUAGGUGUGUGUGCUGCAACCCUACCCUGCUGUCUUGUUCUAUCGCCCCCAGCCUGCGCGCAAUCCGACCCACCCACACGACUGGGCCGGCCGUCGCUAACGCCCUACUUCGGCCCCCUUUACCGGCGACGAGCACCACCACCACCAGGUAUGCCCUCCCUUUGUUCUUCCCUUCCUGCGGCGCGAAGCCGUGCGCCCAAACCCUAACUUCUAUUCGUAGGUACGCCUUCCCCUUGUCCCUCCCUGCUGUGCGAAACCGUGCGCCCAAACCCUAACGUACUGGUAUUCGGAUCUGAACUAUGCAUGUAUUAUUCCUACUCACUUCGAUUGCUUUGCAAAAAAAUAUCGGGUGUCCAUGUGUACACCCAGGUCCGCCCCUGGCUGUGAUGCUCUUCUGUGUUUCCGACAGCGCCCUCGCGUGAUUUGUUUGAUGUCACCAUGUCAUCUUAUCCUGUGCUAAACAACCGACCAAUUGAUCAGUGGAGGGUUACUGAUUUGAAGGAUGAGCUCCGUAAAAGGAAGCUUCCUGUUAAAGGUUUGAAGGAGGAACUCGUAAGGCGACUCUUUGACUCCAUUCAGAGUGAAAUAGAAGCUGAUGAAGCUGACGAAGCUGAUGAGGAUGUGGGAGUGAAUGUGGAUGAUCAGUUGCCUGAUGCCAAUGCUAGCGAGGAAAAUACAGUUACCGUUACGGAAGUUCAUCAGGAAACUGUGGUUCAUGUCACUCAGCAAGUUGAAGUUCCUACCACCAAAGCUGGUCAGGAAUCCACAAUUUCUCCCACUAGAAGGGCCCCCAGUGUCGAUGUUGAAGAGGCCUCAGCAGACGAAGAAGUACCCGAAUCAGUUGCUGAAGGAAAUAUGUCAUUUGAAGAAGUGCAAGUGCAUACUGAAAUUACUAAUGAGCCUGUUCAUGAGAAGACCACAGACGUUGACACCAAUGAUACAGUUGUUGUUAAUGAUGCAAUCGAUGUGAAUUCAGACUUGGCGCCUGCUGAAGUCAAGUUUGGUGCUACGGAAGCAAGCAAAAUUGAAGAACAUGAUUUCCCCCCUGCACCUGUAGAUGCCUUAAAUUCAGAUGCUGCUGGUCCUAUGGAUACUGAUGUCGUCACAGCUGCAACUUCAGACGUUGGUUCUAUGGAUACUGAUGUUGUCACACGUGCACCAGUUAGCGAUGAUGAGGAGAAACUGGAACUGAAGGUUGAUUUGGGUAACAAGGUGUCAAUGUAUGAUGAAGAUAACAAUAGUUCUGAUACCAUGAAUGAGGACUGCAAGCCCAUCGUAUCAAAACCAAACAAUCAGGUACCUGAGGUUAGUCCAGAUUUAGGGUCUCAAAUUAAGUGUGAGUCGAUUUCUACUGAUAAUCUAUCAUCUAACAAAAAGAAUACUAUAAAAGAUAAUUUAAAUGCUAAUAAUUUUGAUUUAGAAUUAGAGGUUCAGCCGAAGAUGGUCCAACCAUCAUCCGGCAUUACUUCAUUAGGUGGAGAUUUGCAGCCAUUGGAUGAUGACAAAGAGCUGGUUAAGAACCAGACAUCUUUGGAAGACAUAGAUUCCACAGCUAAUGUGGACUCAUACAAGAAGGAUAGUCCUGAAGGUGGGUCUCCAGAGAAAUUAAAUCUAGACAGGAGUUCAGGUGAUGAGUCAAUGGAGGAGGAUGUUGUGGAAAUUAAACAAGAUGAGGCCAAUAUGAAAUCUGAUGAUCUCGGACAAAAGAAUGAGCUUAACUCAGAAGAUGUGAAAGAGGUGAUCCUCCCUGAUUCUGUUGUUGAGGCUUCCAAGGAGGUUACGGCUGAAGAAAAGUCAGCAGCUUCAACAGAAAAGAGAAAACUUGAAGAUGAAGAUAUUGCAAACACUGAACCAAUCAAGCGACAACGUCGGUGGACUGCAGACGUUGCCAAAGUUCCAGAGAGACAAGCAUUGAGUCAAACUGGUCCUGAAACUCCUAAGGAUAUUUUUCAGCCUGCUUUCAAACGAUCUUUUGGGAGGUCUGAUUCAACAGCAAGUGUAGAUUCUCCUAAGGAACGGAUUGUACCACCUGCAGAGAAACCUGCCACAACUUCUUUGAGAAUUGACCGAUUUGUACGCCCAUUUACCCUGAAAGCUGUGCAGGAGCUUCUUGGUAAAACUGGAUCUGUACAAGACUUCUGGAUGGACCAUAUCAAGACUCAUUGCUAUGUGACAUUUUCUUCGGUGGAUGAAGCAAUGGCUACUAGGGAUGCUGUUUACAACCUACAGUGGCCCCCAAAUAACGGCAAUAAGUUGGUCGCCGAAUUUGUUGAUCCUCAGGAAGUGAAGCUCAAGGUUGACCCCCCUCCCCCGCCAGCUGCUCCUGUUAGCCCAGCUGCUAUCACAAGGGCACCUCCUCUUCAACAGACUCAAAGUGUGCCACGCCAGGCUGCUACACCAAAAGAGCAACUGCCACCUCCACCACCGCCUCCCCUUGCUAAGCCACCUAUGGCUGACCCGGCGGCUAUAGCGAGAGAGAGGCUUCCACCCACUCCGAAGAAGCCAGAGCCUCCUGUUGUGACACUUGAUGAUCUCUUCAGGAAGACACAGUCCUCUCCAAGGAUCUACUAUCUGCCUUUAUCAGAAGAGGAGGUGGCAGCCAAGCUCGCCGCACAGGGCAAAGGAAAAAAGGAGUAGGAGGUGUUGGCUUCCAUUUUCGGCUAUCUCGGAGUUUGUUGUGGAACAUGGCGUGCGGUGGUCACAGCAUCAGACAGGUGCUACUGCUGCAGACCAUUUGAAAUAACCGGCGGCCGUGACUGCCGCGGCGGAAGAGUAGUCGUAGGGCUAGUGUAGGAGCAGCAGCAGCGGCUUGUAUUUCUUAAAGAGAUUAUUAGUUUUGGUUGGGUCUCCGACUGCAGUGUGUGCUAAAGUUAUUUGAGCUGCAUGAGGUUUUGUUUGGGUACUCUAGUAUUGAUCCCAAUCUAUAUGUGUUGAGGUGUAAAUUAGUUUAAGUUACAUCCUAAUCCACCUUAAUAGAUGUGGGUUGAGUUAAAUAUUAGAGUACCCAAACUAGGCCUGAAGCGUCUGAAGAACUUGGUUUAAUCUAUGCUGUCAGGUACUGUUAAAAGGCACCAGUUUUAGUGUUGAGUCUAUGAAGAAUAUUGUUGGGAUU